GGAGUACGCCCGCCGAGGAGCCACGGUGUACGCGACUGCGCGCCGAUUGGAGGCUAUGAGCGGGUUACAGGAGCAGGGGGUGACUAUAUUGAAGCUGGAUGUGACAAACGAGGGAGAUAUUCAGCAUUCAGUUGAGACGAUCAUGAGGGAAGCCGGGCGAAUAGACGUUCUCGUCAACAACGCUGCUGUCCUCGCCACGCGUCCCUUGGCCGACACGCCGCUCUCUGAUUGGCGCGCGCUGUUCGAGACGAACCUGCUCGGAGCUGUUGCGAUGGCCCAGGCCGUGUUCCCGCGCAUGGCCGAGAGGAAGCAGGGGCUCGUUGUGAACGUCUCCAGCUGCGCGGGUUUCUGCCACCUGCCCAUGGCAGCAGCCUAUUCAGCAUCAAAGGCGGCGUUGAACGCAGUGACCAACUGCAUGCGCAUGGAGAUGAAGCCCUUCGGAGUGCGUGUCAUGCUGGCGGUGCCGGGAUUCAUCAACACCAAAAUACACAGGUGA